GCCUCUUUCCCUGAUUGGUCCAGAGGCCGUGACGGGCAGGGCCAGAAGGACCGUGAGGAAGAGUAGGUGACGUCACUUCCGCUAAGUCCCCAUCCUCGGCGGCGCCGCCGUCAGCUCCGUUCGUUCGGGCCCCGCCGUUCCGGGCGUCUGAAUUCCUCGGUACGCUCGCAACCGUCUCGGCUGCACUCCGACCUCAGCCGCCAUCACCGCCGGGGCUGUAGCCCUGCGUCCGCCCCGGGCUGGACUCUGCCCUCUGACCAAGAAGCCUUUCCUCAAGAAGCAACGACUCUAAGGGGAAAGGAAUGGCCCCUGUCUACCUGACCGCCCAGACGCAGCAGGUGCCAGUGACCUUCAAGGAUGUGGCCGUGGACUUCACCCUGGAGGAGUGGGGGCACCUGGACCCCUUCCAGAAGGAGCUAUACCGGGACGUGAUGCUGGAGAACUUCAGGAACCUUGUCUGCCUGGGACUUACAGUGUCCAAGCCUGAGGUAAUCUGCCAGUUGGAGCAAGGAGAAGCCCCUUGGAUCCCAGAGGGAGAAAGCCCAAGAAACAGCUCUGCAGGCUGUACUUCGGACUUCCUGGACCUCAACACCGUACCCCAGCUGCAAUCUCUCCCUGAAAUCUCCCUCGGUGCCAAGGGCAUCCUCACUUUGGAAGACCCGUCAACCCCUCUGACCUUCUCACAGUGGAACGUGCCUCCGCCAUGCCAGUCCCCUCCUCCCAUUGAUUGGGAGACAAAUCAUGAAACCAAGGAGUCAGUUCAGGAGCUGGAUAUUUCAAUGGAAGAAUCAUCUCAAGAAAAACUCACAAAGGAUGGUUCUUGUUUCUUGAAGUUACAAGAAGCUUGGGAUUGUGUUGGCAGUUUAAAGAGGAAGCAGAACAAUGAGGUGAAACAUUCUCAGCAAGUGAAAAUUUCCCCAAAGAAGCAUUCUAAUAAAUUGAGAUGGCAUGAAUAUAACUACUGCAGAAAUUUCAACCUAGGACCAGUAGGCUUCUCUCAAACGAGAGUAGGAAAGAGUCCCAGUAACUGUUUUACACAAGGAAAGAGCUUCAGAAUGUGUUCAGACUUAAGAAUACGUAAUACAGCAUGUUCAAAUAAAAUAUUUUGUAAGUUUAAUGAAGGUGAAGAGAAACUUUGUGAAUAUAAUGAAUAUUGGAAGGCCUUUAGGAACAGAUCAGAACUUACUCAAUAUCAGACAAUGCAUAUUGGAGAGAAAUCUUACAAAUGUAGUGAAUGUGAGAAGGCUUUUAGGUACAGAUCAGAGCUUUCUCAACAUCAGACAAUUCAUACUGGUGAAAAACCUUAUGAAUGUAAUGUGUGUGGAAAGGCAUUCCGCCUGAAAGCACAGCUGAAGCAACAUCAGAAAAUUCAUACUGGUGAAAGACCUUUUAAAUGUGACGAAUGUGGAAAAGCCUUCAUUCAAAGCCAAAAUCUCAAACAACACUAUAGAAUUCACACUGGAGAGAAACCUUUUGAAUGUAAUGAAUGUGGAAAAGCCUUCACCCAGAGGAUAGGACUUAUUCAACAUCAGAGAAUCCAUAGUGGUGAAAAGCCUUAUGAAUGUAAUCAAUGUGGGAAGGCUUUCCGCCUGAGAGGAAAACUCAGCCAACAUCAAACGAUUCAUACUGGUGAAAAACCUUUUAAAUGUGAGGAAUGUGGGAAAGCUUUCAUACAAAGCCAAAAUCUCAAACAACAUUAUAGAACUCACACUGGAGAGAAGCCUUACGAGUGUAAUCAAUGUGAGAAGACAUUCAGCCGAAGAAUAGGGCUUUAUCAGCAUCAGAAAAUUCAUGGAAGUGAAGCCUGUUAUAAAUGUAAUGAAUGUGGGAAGAUGUUUAGGUACUUGACAGAAUUAACUUAUCAUCAAAAAAGUCAUGCUGAAAAGAAACCUUAUGAAUAUAGUGGAUGUGGACAGGCCUUCAGUGAGAGAAAACAAUUUAUUUCACACUAUCCACUUAAUAAUGGAGACAAGCCCUAUGAAUGUAAUGAAUGUGGAAAGGCCUUUGGCCAGAAGAAGGAACUUAAUCGACAUUAUACAAUUCAUACUGGAGAGAAACCAUAUGAGUGUAAUGAAUGUGGGAAGGCCUUCCGCCAAAGAAUGGGACUUACUCGACAUCAGACGAUUCAUACAGGUGAGAAGCCUUAUGAGUGCAACGAAUGUGGGAAGGCGUUCAGUCAGAAGAUCGGACUUAGUCGACAUCAGACCGUUCAUACUGGUGAGAAACCAUAUAAAUGUGGUGAAUGUGGGAAAGCCUUCCGCCUGAGCGCAUUGCUUACUGCUCAUAAGAAUAUUCAUACAGGUGAGAAGCCUUAUGAAUGUAAUGAAUGUGGGAAAGCUUUUCGACUGAGAGCGUUGCUUACUACCCAUAAGAAUAUUCAUACAGGUGAGAAACCAUACGAAUGUAACGAAUGCGGGAAAUUCUUCCGACUGAGAGCGCUGCUUACUGCACAUAAGAAUAUUCAUACUGGAGAGAAACCAUUUGAAUGUAAUGAAUGUGGGAAGACCUUCCGUCAGAAGACGGGAUUGACACAACAUCAGACAAUUCACACUGGAGAGAAGCCCUAUGAAUGUAACAGGUGUGGGAAGGCCUUCCGCCAGAGAAUAGGACUUACUCAACAUCAGACAAUUCAUACUGGUGAAAAGCCUUAUGGAUGUAACGAAUGUGGGAAGGCCUUCCGCUUGAGAGCGGAGCUUACACAGCAUCAGACAAUUCAUACUGGUGAGAAACCUUAUGAAUGCAAUGAGUGUGGAAAGACAUUCCGCCAAAAGGCAGGACUUACUCAACACCAGAGAAUUCAUACUGGAGAGAAACCGUAUAAAUGUAGUGAAUGUGGGAAGGCCUUCAGCAGGCGGGUAGCCCUUACACAACAUCAGACAGUUCAUACAGGUGAAAAACCUUAUGAAUGUAAUGAAUGUGGGAAAGCUUUCAGCCAGAGGAUAGCCCUGUCUAAACAUCAGACAAUUCAUACUGGUGAGAAACCUUAUGAAUGCAGUGAAUGUGGAAAGUCCUUCCGCCUCAGAGCACAACUUACUCAACAUCAGAGAAUUCAUGCUGGUGAGAAACUUUAUGGAUAUAGUGAUUGAGGAAAGGUGUUAUUUCCAAAGUAAAUAACUUUAACUAUUUAUGCUGUUGGUGGGGAUGGUAUCAGUUGACUCAUUCAUCCUACCUCACCUUGCUAAAAAUAUUAAUAUAAUUCUCCAGCCUUGAUAGUUACAUUAGUUGAGAACUGCUCUAUUGAAUCAAUCUGGCAUUAAACUAGUUGCCAAAAGUCCUUAAUCAGUUUGGAAGGAAUGAAAUUCAUUGGAUGAAGUGACUUGAUGUUUAUUAAAUGGGAAGUUUAUUGGCACUGCCUAAAUAAAUUCAGUCAUGAACUUGAAUAAAAUAGCAAGCCAAUUCUGAAUCUGGAUUGUUAAGUUAUAGAACAUUUUAUUGAGGGAAGCUGCUUUGGCCAAGACCCUGAGAUAACUCCAAUAUGAGGAGGCAGCUUCUAUUUCCUUUUUCCCUCCCUAUUAACCAGAGAAAAAAGGCCUCAUGAACUUCCGAAAGGUCAGAAGAUUUGUGAUUUUUCACCUUUGCCCUAACAAGAUUCCUGGAAAAGCAGUCACUAACAGCAAUAUCUGCAUCGGGAGACAAAUCUUAAAGUAGAUACAUUUAAGAAAGUUGUCUUCAGGGCUCUACAGGAAGCCUAAGGGGAACUUCAUCAGGAUACGGUAAAGGGUAGGGAAGGAUUUCUAGCAAACAGGAGCUGUAAGUUACUGCUUUGCCACGUGACAUGUGUUUUUUAAGCUUGAGCCCACCUUCCCCUGAACUCUGCUUUUGUGGGAAAGUGUGUCCUCAGUUUGGGAGAGUAUUUUACACCAACUAUUCUUAUGAUACAACUUUAGUAAAUAGACCUUUCUGAAAACUAAGUACGGCUAGCUAAUUUAAAUCAUCUAUUAGUCAAUAGUCAUGGUAGAAAACCAGUGGAGGCUCACGAACAAUAGUACUGGAAUGUCUCAGACCUUCACCAUUUUCCUUGUAACCCUUGAGUUAAGAAGUAGCCAAUUGCCCUUUAGGGAUUCAAUCUACUAGUAUAAAAUGACAACUAUUAUGCCAUGAUUAUUAAAGGAAAAAGUGGUAUACAGUGAAUGUGGAGAGCUCUAUAGGGCACAGAGCUUACUGAAAAUCAGUUAAUUGUAUUGUAGAAAAGCAUAAUGAAUAUAACAGAUUUUCCAUCAGAGUUAUGGUCCUUUAUUGAAAAUUAGAGACUUGAAACUUUAAAUGAAGGAAAUUUAUGUCUGCUUUUACUCAGUGGAUAAUCCAAUUUCCCCUUCCUUGCUCCUUUCACUUCCCACCAUUCAUUUGUAAUGCAAAUACUAUUUAUUUAAAUACUUAAUUUGAGGAAAUUGAAGCAAUAAAGCAGCUGUUCACUUUCUAAAGGCCACUCGGAAAAAAUUGACAGUUCUUAUCUUUCUGAUCAGUAGAGUUGUUAACCUAACUCCUUGAAAAAGAUCAUUUCUCUUCUUGUGCCUUUAUUCCAGUCUCCUCCUUCCCCCUUCAGCAAUCAUCCUCUAUCUUUAAUAAAUCAUCAAUCUAUUCCUCUCAGCUAGCUUUUUGUCAUCACCCUCAGUUGAUUAAAUACUCUCUUUCUACUUAACCAGGUUCACAGCCUUGGAAUCUUAUUCACUGUGUCUCUUCUUUACAUCAUAUCUCAUCAGUUGCUGUGUCUUGUGGAUCUUACCUCUAUAUCAUCUCUCAUAUCCAUAUCCUUUCUACUUUCACAACAUUGCUAGCCUAGUAAACAGGACUUCCAUCAUACUUCCUGGACUAUUACAGCAAACUUUUAGUUUGAUUUCUGUUUUCUACUCUACAACUUGUCCUCCCUGAAGUUAUUAAAAUCAACAGAACUGAUCAUGUUACUUUCUUACUUUAAAACUCUUAACAUUUUCUUAUUACUUCAAGAAUAAAACGCAAAUUUAACAACUUAACAUUUGAAUAAAUCCCAACUCUUCCAGGCUAAUUUUAUAUUUUCCCCAUCAUGAACUUCAGACUCAAAUUGAUCUCCUUGAAGUACCCUGAAUUUGAUAUUAAUAUCUUCUGCAUCAGUUCUUUUGCAUAAUCUCGUAGCCAUGUCUUGACUCUUCUUCCUUUUUUCAGUUGUUUCAUAUGCUACCCCUUAAAGCAAGAGGUUCUUAACUUUUUUGGUGAAAUAGAUUGGUUUAAAAGUGAUGAAUCUCAUGGGACCUUCCUUAGAAUCACGUUUUUUUUUAAAUAUGUAAAAUAAAACAUAAGGAAAUAAAUUAUAUUGAAAUGAGAUGCAUUUUUUCCCUCACCAAAAUUCAUGGAUCCCUUGAAAUUUAUAUAUGGUAGGCCCCUAUAUUAAGAACCCCAGAUCCAGAGGAUCUGAAUUGCAUAUCUUCUAAAACCUUCAUUUAUUAAUGUAUAUAAAUGUAUAGAAUGUGAAGUCCUUAAGGGCUUUGAAUUCUGUCUUUACAUUAUCAGUACCUAGCCUAGUGUCUGGCUCAAAAGAGAUGCUUAGUAAAUAUCUACUGAAUGGCAUAAAUUCCUUGAAGUAUUGAAGUAUGACUUCUCACUUUCACCUUUGUGGAUUUUCCAUUUACCCUUCCCACAUGUCCCCCUCCACUUCCACCCUUUCCCAUUUUCAUAUAUAACAAGGCUCCCAGAGUUACUGAUUGACCCAGUCAGUGUACUUAUAUGACUUUGUCCAUCAGUAUUCAGUUGAACAUGAAUAAAAGUGAGUCACAUCAUGAAUUUCACUUCCAUUUGGCAAGUCACAGGUAGUGAUUAAACAAGAGGGCAAAGGGUUCAUUUUUAGACAUUUCUAGAGGACAAUAGAACUGAAAUUCGGGGUCAGAACUGUGAAGGGAUAAUGAUGAUCAGGGAAAGAGUGGAAUGCCUAGGUCACAAUGAGGAUGAAGAACAAGGUUAGGUGGAACGAAGCAAACGAAAUGAACUAGAGUUCUUCACAAAGUAUGGACGUUGGGAAUUCGCUGAAAAUUGAAAUGAAAUCCAUGAGUGGAAGCUGGCUCUGUACUGGAUACUUGACUUGAGAGAAACAAAGGUAAAAUGCUUGACUUUCUAACUCUGUACUAAGAAAUUGUACAUAUGAGGAAAUCCAGGAACCAGAAGAGAGAAGCAUAGUGGAGAACAUUCUGGCGAAGGACAUUUGACAACUAGUCAUUGCAUCAUUGAAGUCGACAUCUGGACAGAAAAAGGAUAUUAAUGGAGAACUUAAAUUAUCCAGACAUAUACUGGAACUCUCUGUCAAAGUAAAGUAAAUUAUAAUUUUGCAAUUUACCUUAAUAAUAAUUUAACUUGCCUUAGGUGGAGAAGAAAUGACAAAUUAUUCCAGUGUCUUCCAAGAAAAACUCAAAUGGGGUCAUGAAGAGAUGGAUAAGACUGAAAAAUGACUCAACAACAAUUAGUGGGGAAAUUGGUUAGGGGAAUACUGAUGAUCUGAUUCUAAUGGGAAAGCACAGAUUGUUUCAAGUAGAUGUGAUGAGAACUUUGUGGCAAGGUCACCAUUGCUACUUAGAGUGUGUGAUAGGGGAAGUCACUAACUCAUACAGAAGGAUCUCGAUGGGCCUCAUUGACUUAGAAUAACACUUUAAUAUUAUUUGUGUUCUAUUGUGUUUCUAUUUUGUUAAAUAUUUCCCAAUUCCAUUUUAAGUUGGUUCUGGAGACAUUCUAUUUGAUAUCUCUGAGAGAAUGAAAGGAAAGUCAGUUAGCAAAGACUUGCUAUAUACUAGACAUUGUACUAAGUACUGGGAAUAAAAAGAAAGGCAAAAAGCAGUUCCUGCUUUCAAGGAGCUCAGAGUCUAAUCAGAAAACAUGUAAACAAUAAGAGAUGGUAUAAAUUGAAGAAAAUCAAUUUAGGGUUAAGGUUAGGAAAAUUGGGAACAGUUUCUGUGUCAAGUGUGAGAGCUAACUGGAGUGAAAAGAUUAUGAAAGGCCAAGUGAAAUAAAAUUUAAUAGUGAUAAAUAUAAGGUUCUACACUUUGUUUUUUAAAAAACUGACAGGUAUAAGAUGGGAAGACAUAAGGAAGUUUCUUUAAAGAAGCACACCUAGGUUGCUUUAAUUAAAUCUUUUUUUCAGUUCCAAAUUACUUUUUCUCUCCGCUUACUGAGAAGUAAGAAGAACAAAGCUUGUAUUUCAGGCAUGCAAAACAAAUUUUUCCAGUAGCUGUGUCCAAAAGAAAGAAAAGAAAAUUGACACUCUGACGCCAUCACUUUUCUCUUUGGAGGUAGAUAAUCAUGUUUUGUCAUGAAUCCUUUGGAAUUGCAAUUGGUUGUGUUAAUCAGAAUUCCUAAGGCUUUCAGUUGAUUGCUUUUGCAAAAUAGUUUUUAGUUUUUAAAUUGUUCUUUUAACUCUGCUCAUUUCAUUUUUAUCAGUUUAUAUAAAUCUUCUUAGGUUUUUCUAAAAACCGUCCCCUUUUGAAGGGUUCUUGUAAAUAUCCAUCUGCUAUCUUUCAUUUUGUGAGUGAGUUCACAUUCACCAUUAUGGUUACUAACUUUAUUUCCCUCCAUCAUUCUGUCUUAUACUUUAACUUCUCUCUCACUUUUUUUUUUGGUCCCCUCUUUAAGACACUGUUUUGCUUUUGACUAGUGUUUCCCUUAUUCUACCCCACUCUUGUUUUCUUUCCCUUCCCUUUAACUCCUUUCCUUUCUUCUUCUUUAGUGAUUAAGAUAAAUUUCUGUACACAUGUUGUAUGUUCAUACCUCCUCUAUUGAGUGCAGAUGAGAGAUUCAUGUGUUGCCUGUUCUCCCACUCCAUUAUAAAACCUUGUACACCUCAUUAAUGUGAGAUGAUUCCCUCCAUUCUUCCUCCCUCUUACAGCUCCAUUCCCCCUUUCUCCAUCCUUCCAUUCUUUUUUUGAGAUCAUCCAAAUACAAUGGAAUCCCAGUCUGGCCCUCUUUUCUAAUUAGAUUACCUUUAAUACCCUGUGAUGACAAAGUUCUAAGUGGUUACACGUAUCAUUUCCCCAAAAAUGUAAAGCUUAACUUUGUACCUUCUCACUCAUGUUCACCUUUUUUGUACUUCUCUCAACUUCUGUAUUUCUACUCCAGAUUGUCUACAGUUCUGGUCUUUUUAUCAGGAAUGUUUAGCAGUCCUUUACUUCAUUAAAGAUCUAUUUUUUCUCUCCUGUAGAAUUAUAUUGUUUUUCUGGGUAGGUUAUUCUUAGUUGUAAGUAAACUUAGAUCCUUUGUCUUCUGAAAUAUCUAUUCCAAGUUAAAAGAAUAGCAUAUUUAAAAUGGUGGUUGUUAAAUCUUGUUUAGUCUGGACUGUGACUCCUCAGUACAGGAUUUGAAUUCUUUCUGGCUACUUGCAGCAUUUUUGCCUUGACCUGGGAGCUUUGGAUUUUGGCUGUAAUAUUCCUGGUAUUUUGACUUGGGGUUCUUUCAUUAGAUGACUGGUAGAUUCUUUGCUUUAGGUUCUCUGCCUUUAUCUAACUGACUAAUUCUUAGAUAUUUCAACAGUUUUCUUGUAUGAUUUCUUGAAGUAUGUUUGAGCUCUUUUUUUAAUUCAUGGUUUUCUAGUACUCCAUUGAUUUUUAAACUUUCUCUCCUCAAUCUGUUUUCCAAGUCAGUUGUUUUUUUUUUAAAUAAUGACGACAGUAAUAAAAGUAGUAGUAAUAAGUAGCAUUUAUAUAGUACCAGGCAUUGUGCUAAGUGCUUUACAACUAUUUCAUUUUAUCCCUACCAUAGUCUUUGGAGAUAUAAUCUUAGUAUUUUCAUUUUACAGUUGGGGAAGGAGUGGCUCGGGGUGCCCUUGGAUAGAGUCCAGAAGACCUGAGUUCAUGGGGCCUCAGAGACUUAAUAGCUUUGUGACCCUGGGCAAGUCACAACCCUGU